AUGGUAGGAACAGAGCUUAAGGAAGAAUGUUUUGUUAUCCUGGAUAGACGUUUUGCAGAAAAGGAUUAUGAUGACUUUAAUGGAUGUGGGAAGUCAUGUCUCCAUAUCAAGCUUGACAAAACUCUUACCGAACUUAAAUACCACAGAUGUAUUAAGCCCAGUAACACUAAAUCACAGCUCAAUGACUAUCACAAAAAGUAUAUAGGAGAGAAACCAUAUGAAUGCAAUGAGGGUGGCAAAGCCUUCUGCAGGAAAGGACAGCUCGUUAGACAUCCAAGAAACAAAAGAGGAAAGAAACUCCAUGAAUGUAAUGUGUGUGAGAAAGCAUUCUCCAGAAAGUCCCUGCUCAUGGUACAUCAGCAAACUCAUACAGGAGGGAAGCCUUAUGAAACUGAAUGUGGAAUAGCCUAUUUCCAAAAGGCACAUCUCACUGACCACCAGAGACUUCAUACAGAAGAGAAGCCUUAUGAAUGCACUGAAUGUGGAAAAACCUUUUCCCGAAAGGUGUAUCUCACUGUACACCAGAGAAUGCAUUCAGGAGAGAAACCUUAUAAAUGCACUGAAUGUGGAAAAGCCUUUUCCAAAAAGGUAUAUCUCACUAUUCACCAGAGAAUGCAUACAGGAGAGAAACCUUAUAAGUGCACUGAAUGUGGCAAAGCCUUUGCCCAGAGGUCACAUCUCACUUUACAUCAGAGACUUCAUACAGGAGAAAAGCGUUAUGAAUGCACUGAAUGUGGAAGAACCUUCCAUUUUAAGUCAGACCUUACCGUACAUCAGAGACUUCAUACAGGAGAGAAACCUUAUGCAUGUAAUGAGUGCAGCAAAGCUUUUAGAAGCAAGUCAGAGCUCAUUCGUCAUCUGCGAACUCAUACUGGAGAGAGACCAUAUUUAUGCAAUGAAUGUGGUAAAACCUUCCGUGAGAAAUCCCAACUCAUUGGACACCAGCGAUCUCACACUGGAGAAAAACUCUAUGGAUGCAGUGUGUGUGGGAAAGCAUUUUCCCAAAAAGCAAAUCUCACUGCACACCAGAGACUUCAUACAGGAGAGAAGCCAUAUGAAUGCACUGAAUGUGGAAAAGGCUUCUCCCAGAAGGCAUAUCUCACUGCCCACCAAAAACUUCAUACAGGAGAGAAGCCAUAUGAAUGCAGUGAGUGUGGGAAAGCCUUCUCCAGGAAAUCACAACUUGUUACACAUCAAAGAACCGAAAGAGGAGAGAAACUGCAUGUAUGCAAUGAAUGUAAAAAAACAUUCAUGAGGAAGAUUCAGCUCAUUGAACAUCAGAGAACUCACACAGGAGAGAAACCCCAUGAAUGUAAUGAGUGCAACAGAGCCUUUAAACGCAAGUCACACCUCACACAACAUCUGCGAACUCAUACUGGAGAGAGACCGUAUUCAUGCAGUCAAUGUGGGAAAUGCUUCAGUAGUAGGUUCCGGCUUACUAGACACCAGCAAUCUCACACUGGAGAGAAACGCUAUGGAUGCAGUGUGUGUGGGAAAGCCUUUUCCCAAAAGGCAUAUCUCAAUGUACACCAGAGACUUCAUACAGGAGAGAAGCCUUAUGAAUGCACUGAAUGUGGAAGAACCUUCCAUUUAAAGUCACACCUUACCAGACAUCAGAGAAUUCAUGCUGGAAGGAAACCUUAUGAAAGUAGUGAGUGUAACAAAACCUUUAGAAGCAAGUAAGAGCUCAUUAGCAUCUGGGAGCUCAUACUGGAGAGAGACCUUGCUCCUGCAUUGAAUGUGGCAAAGCCUUUGCCCACAGGUCAGUUCUUACUAAACAUAAGAAAAUUCACACAGGAGAGACAGCUAUAAAUUCACUGAAAGUGGAGAAACCUUUGGGGAGUUAUACCUCUCUAUACAUUAAUGAAUUCAUACAAGGAGAAAGCCCUAUGAACAUAGUUCCCAUGGAGAUGCCUUCUUCUGGUACCCAGCCCUUAUUAAACAUCAGUGACCUUCCAGGGACUAGAAAUGUAGUUAAUUAUGCAACAGCCAUUUCCAAGAAGUCUAGCCUUAGUAACUAAUCAGGAAUUUGAAUGGAAUAAGCCUUGCAAGUGAAGUGAAUGUAACUCCUUCAGUAAUAAAUUAUGUCUUAUAUGUUACAGAUGUGCAAAAAAAAAAAAAAAAAAAAAAAAAAAAAAAAAAUUCUGUGAUAGCAGAAAGGUAGCAAAGUCUUUACCAGAAUCCUUCAACCAUUAUACAUCAAAGAUUUCACUUGGGGAAGAAACACUGUAAUAGCAGAAAUUAGACAGAGUACCUUUGUGAUAAGUUAGAUUUAUUAAACAUCACUGCACUCAUAUUGGCUUGAAAUGCAGCUAUUAUGGUGAAGUCUUUGCCCGAAGGUGGUAUCUCAAUUGGUCUCAAUUCUUAGAGGAAUGUUUAGGAAAUGGUGUGUGUUGUUUUCAGUGUUAUGUUGUACUUUAUCAUGUGUCAGAGAAACAUAAAAAAGGCACUUGUAGAGACAGUAGAUACAGGAAAUAUUUUUAGUAAUAUAGGAGAAUUUAUUAUACAAAAAUGAGUUGUUUAAAAGCAAGAAAAAAAGGAAAUUUACCAAAGUAAUACAUGUAUUGUGCUUCUAUACCUUGGGAGUCUUGGAAAGACUCCUUUAAUAAACUUUUUUGUUGUUGU